CUUUUGGCGGCCGGUGGUGUAGCCCUAGUCCUGGGAGACGUGAUCCGAGAGCGAGGCCCGAUCGGUGAGACUAGGCCUCACAGCCCGCCAACCCUGGGCUGAGUUCCCUGCUGACCCUGGCGGAGGCCCCCUUAAAUGGGACGCGGCUCUGGAAGUAUACUCUCAAGGUGUAGUUGCACUUUAGUUUAGGUGCACAAAUUACAAAAGCAAAUGAUGCUACUUAUUAAUUGAAGUGAGACUCCAGUUUGUUCCUCCAGCUCAUGCCAACGGCUAAGGUCCAACUGAUUUCUCUUCAUCUUUGAGAAGUUACUGCACCGUGGCAGGCCAACACUUUCCUCAGUGGAUGGUCAGAGCUCACUGCUGGAAAAUGCAAAAACCUCCAAGGAGCAUUGAAGAAUUCUUAAAGUUUCAAAAUUGGGAUUAUUGGCCAAGGGAAAUCCAUUUUGGAGAUAGUGAUGAAUGGUUACACACUGUGAAGAAAAUAAAAGAAGAUAGUUCAUUUACUUCAAUUUAUACACAUCUGUGGGGAACUGUCCCUCGAAUACAUGAUGCAGUCAUGGCCAUGGAGUCAAGAUUAGGGGAAUGUUCAGUUCUUUUGAAAAGCCAUGCCUCUAAAAUAUUUGAGUGGAGGAGCAUAAUUUUUGAUACAAGUUCUAAAGGAAAUUUGGAAAGAUACAAGGCAUUUCUAAGGAAGUACCAUAGGGAAAAGAAGAUAAUGCUUUCAGAUGAAAUGGAGACAAAGAAGACUGUAGAGGGUUGCAGCUUCUCAGGAUUCAAAACAAAUGAGCUUACUCAACUACCCAGACAUUUGGAUGCUGAACGAAUUUAUCUUUUUAUUUUAAAAGCCCAUAACUUUGAUGAAAAGGUUUUCAAAAUCUGGAAGACCCAUUUUCUCUCAGAAGCCUCUAUUGCUCUUUUACAUGAUUCCUUUUGGUGGUGGUUUCUGCAUAAAUUUAAGCCUGACAGAGAAAAUCAAGAUUCCUUGUUUGACAGAAUUUCAGAAAGUUAUGCGAUACUUUUCAUGAGCAUCCCUACAAGUCGAAAAGAUGCAUUCCUUCAGGUGUAUCCUGAUUGUUUGGCACAGGCCAUCUAUGCAACAUUCCAGGAAGCAUUUCCAGAAUCGAGUAAUCUUUUUAAUGAUGAAUUUAAAGAGGAUCUGGGGAAUAAUAUUUUUCUUUGGUUGUCAGGUUUAAAACCUCAAAAAGGCUUUUGGACUCACUGGAAACUAAAAGAGCUCACCACAACAACCAUACAUGGUACUAAAAAAGCACCUUCAAUAUCUAUAAAGGAUAGGAUUGAAAGGAGUCAGACACGUAUAACAGCUGUUAUUUAACUGAGGGUUGGGAGAUAGACUAAAGUAGCUGUGUUUAUCCCACCACCU